AUGGGUUGUUUUGGGCAGUUAUGGGUCUUCCUAAUGCUCAUUUCCUCAGCUGCUGAACAUGGCAGAGGAGGCAAUAUGGACAGCGCAUGCUCCGCAGAUGACCUCAAGGGUCUAAUUGAUUUCAAGGAGGGAAUACGAUCCGACCCCUCCUUGCGCCUCGAGAAGUGGGCCGGAAACAAUUGCUGCCAGUGGGUAGGCGUGUCCUGCGACAAUGCAGCCCACAGGGUCACAGAAAUCCGCUUGCCGGGACGCUUUAUCCAGAUGGAAGGCCGGUUGUCUCCUUCAAUCACACUCCUCACCUCUCUCGAAGUUCUCGAUCUUGGCGACAACUGCAUCAGUGGAGAACUCCCACCUUCCAUCGGUCUUCGCCUUCCCAACCUGCGAAUACUCCUCCUCCAUCACAACAACCUCAGCGGUCUGAUACCCGAAAGCAUCGGUAUGUUCUCGCAACUUGAUGCACUUGGUCUGCAUGAGAAUAUGUUUUCUGGUUCGAUACCCUCAAGCAUCGGCAAUCUCGCGAAGCUUACCAGAUUAUGGCUUUUCUCGAACCAGCUUUCGGGUGUCAUGCCCAAAUCGCUUUCGAACUUGACGCGUUUGGAGCAUUUGGAUCUUCAUGGAAACAAUCUGUCCGGUCCUAUACCAACAGGGAUUGGUAAACUGCAGGUUCUAGAAUGGCUUGAUCUUUCAUUCAAUUCCUUGAGUGGGAAAAUACCACCUUCAGUGGUCAACUUAACGUUAAUUGAUGUAUUGGACUUGAGCGAUAACUCUCUUGAAGGCAAUAUUCCAUUUCCUUCAGUCGUUGGUCAAAUGCAACACCUUCGCUAUCUAGGGCUUCAGGAAAACCAACUAAAUGAAAUCAUACCACCAAGUUUUGGUUCCCUGGUCUCCCUUCAAAGAGUUUACCUGUCGAAUAACGAGCUCGAGGGAGCAUUACCUCCUACUUUGGGCAAUCUAUCAUUUCUGUCUCAGUUCUAUGUUGACGGAAACAGGAUCUCUGGCCAAUUGCCAAAAUCAAUUGGUAACCUCUCACAACUUUAUGCUUUAAACAUUUCAAGUAAUUUGAUUGAAGGGCCAGUACCGCAGGAGAUAACUUCUAUGCAGACUCUUGAAAUAGUGGAUAUGUCAUUCAACAAAUUAGAUUUCUCCUCCAUCUCCAACUGGACAAUGCCAUGGCCAGAACUUAACCGAUUGUACUUGGUUGGAUGUGGAAUCCAAGGUGAAAUUCCAAACUUCUUGCGAAACAAAACUUCAUUAUUCGAGUUGGAUUUAUCAGUUAACAAUCUCACAGGAAGCCUGCCGACAUGGUUAGGGAACUUCACCCAACUCGAUAUCUUAAAUCUCUCCAAGAAUGCUUUUGUUUCAGAGAUAUCAGACUCAUUUUUAAAUGCAAGACAGUUACGCGUGCUAGAUUUCCACUCAAAUAAGAUGGAAGGCUCUGUUAGUAAAGUCUUUCAAAUGAGCACAUACCUGGAGUAUGUUGAUCUUUCUGACAAUGGUUUCUCAAAUGGAAUAGAGCAAAUUGGUGAAGGAGAGCAAGAUCGGAUUCAAUUUAUCAAUUUGUCACAUAACUUCAUCAAAGGUCAGUUAUCAAUUUCAAUAGGUAGAUUAGAAUCAUUACAUAGUUUGGAUUUGAGCUACAACGAAUUGGGUUCCAACUUGCCGGAGUCUUUGGGAAAUAUAACCUAUUUAGAGAGGUUGAAGCUGCAAAGAAACAAGUUUACUGGUGAGAUACCACUUGAGUUUUUGAAGUUGCAAGAGUUGAAAGAGUUGAAUUUGUCAUAUAAUCUUUUGGAGGGUAAAAUUCCUGAUGGAAAACCACUCACCGAUUUUCCAGCGAGUUCUUACUUUAAUAAUCUGAGAUUAUGUGGGAACCCUCUUUCUCCUUGCAAGGCUUGA